AUGAGUAAAGCGUACGAUCGAAUUGAAUGGGACUUUCUUGAGGCAAUGCUUCGAAAGCUAGGCUUUGUUGAGAAUUGGAUUCUGCUUGUUAUGAAAUGUGUUAAAUCUGCCAGAUAUUGUGUUACGCGUAGCAAUAAUGAAGUUGGUCCAAUCAUCCCCACAAGAGGUAUAAGACAGGGUGAUCCACUAUCGCCGUACCUAUUUAUUCUUUGGGCUGAAGGUUUCACAGCUUUACCGCGGAAAUAUGAACAAAAAGGAUGGCUUCAUGGUACUAACACGUUGGAUGCCAUGAAAGAUAGAAUCAAUACCAUUUUGGGUAUGACCACGGCUACUGAAGGAAGUUUAUACUUGGGGUUGCCUAGCUCUAUGGGAAGAAAUAAAUCUGCUGCUCUGGCCUUUUUGAAAAACAAGGUGAAGAAUAGACUCUUGGGAUAUGGUACAAAGUUUCUUUCAAGGGCUGGUAAGGAGAUAUUGAUUAAAACGGUUGCACAAGCACUCUCAAGCUAUGCCAUGAGUGUGUUCUUGAUCCCGCAAGAGGUUACAAGAGAUAUUGAAGGCUUGAUGUCCAAGUUCUGGUGGCAAUCUUCGAACAACUCUCCUAAAGGUAUUCAUUAG